AUGUCUCAGACACUGCCGGACGACCUCCUUGAGGAGGUCUUCCUCCGCCUCCCGCCGGGCGAGCCCGAGCACCUCGUGCGCGCUUCCCUCGCCAGCAAGCUCUGGCUCAGCCUCCUCGCCGGCGCUCGCUUCCGUGGCCGCUACGCCGACCGCCACGGAGCUCCUCCCAUGCUCGGCUUCCUCUACUCCUGGCCUGAGUACGCCGGCCCGGAGGACGAAGAACACAAGCCGCACUUCGUCUCGACCAUGAAGUUCGCCCCACGUGUCCCCGACGAUGACUGGAGCGAUCUGGCCUACUCUGCGUGGGACUGCCGCCAUGGCCUCGUCCUCCUCGGGGAUAGGAGCAGGUCGCCCAUGGGGUUCGUCGUCUGGGACCCCAUGACGGGCUGCCGGUGGGAGCUCGACGUGCCGACGGGAUACAUGUCCACUAAACAACGUGGGGCCGCUGCCGUGCUCUGUGCUGUGGCCGGCUGCGACCACCGCGCGUGCCAUGAGGGACGCUUCCGGGUCGUCUUCGUCAGCCUGGACAAGACAAAUGGUGUUGGUGUUGCACGCGCGGGCAUCUUCUCCAUGGAGAAGGGUGGGGUGAGCAAGCCGUGCUCUCCUCUUCAUCUUGCCGGUGGAGCAACAGUCGACGAAAUGCCAUCAGUCCUCGUCCAAGACGCACUCCACAUCAUGGUUCGGCGACCUCAAGCCUAUGUAGCACUAGCAAUUCUCAAGUACGACUUGAGCUCUGAUUGCUUAUCACUGAUUGAUAUACCGUCGGAGGUGUCUGCGACUAUCGGCAGCACCAUCAUCAUGGCGAUGGAGGACGGAAGUUUAGGGAUUGCGGGGAUGGCAAACACGGAUAAGUUUAUCCUCCACCUGUGGUCCAAACAGAUGGGUUCUGAUGGAGUUGAUGCAUGGACUCACCGUAGAGCCAUCGAUCUCAAGGCAUUCCUCCCCAUUCAAAAUACCAAGAAAAGAGUUAUUAGACUGAUUGGAUCUAUGGAGGGGAGUGAUAUCAUUUUCGUGACCACGGAUCUUGGCAUCUACGAAAUUAAUCUCAAGUCACUGCGGUGGACGAAGCUAUGGAAGAGAGAAAGGUUCCGUGCCUUGAUUCCGUAUAUGAGUUUCUGCAACCCACAAGAAAGAGCGAGCACAAGCGAUGAGGCGCAUUGA